AUGAGUCAAAAACCAGGAGCUGCCAAAAAGAAAGUUUUUGUGCGCAUCAUAAUCACAUUUUUGGCCAGUCCUUAUUCAUCCCCAGAAAACAAAAUCCCAUCUUUAAAGAAAAGGAAGAAAAAAGUGGUGUACCCAAAAGUGAAGGUGAGGGAACAGACAGACCAAGAUGAUCAACAUGUGGUUGCUGAUUUUUGCUCUACAGUGAAUGAGUAUGAAGAAGAUAUAUCUCCACCCUCCAUAGCAAAAAUCCCAAAGUCCUACAUACCUAGUAGUAUAGCUUUUUCUUUUGCUAAUGACACACCUAAUGUAGCUAUACCAAAGAUUUCAGCUCUUCAAGGAGAAGAUGGAGAUAAAAAUAUUGAUGAAGACUGCAAGCACAAUAUUAGAGCCAGUUCAAUACCUCGCCCAAGGGCUGUCUUAUCUAGUCCUGAUAAUGAUUUGGUGAUUGGGAACAAGAACAGAUGCAAAAAAGAAAAAACACCAGUAUUGAAGAAUCGUCACUUGCCUCAAAAUAGACAUGCAUUAUGUAAGAUUAUUCCAACCACCACUGAAGAUGUUAUAAACUCCAAAAAGUCCAAUGAAAAUUCAGAUGAAAGCAAAAAAGAAAAAACAUCAGUUUUGAAGAAUCGUAACUUGCCUCAAAAUAGACAUGCAUUAUCUAAGAUUAUUCCAACCACCACUGAAGAUGUUAUAAACUCCAAAAAGUCCAAUGAAGAUUCAGAUGAAAGCAAAGGAAAGAAAGGAAAAGUAGUCACAGGUCCAACUCAAAGACGACAAAUUAGAACUGGGAAACCAAGUUCUAUGAAACUUUGAGUGUUAUCUAUUUGAUUUUUUUUCAUUAGAUCGGUGCUUAUACAUGAGUGACUAUACAAUUAUGGAUAGUUCUUGAAAUGGGCUAUGCUUUAUUACACAUUGUAAUUGCCUUCCACAUAAUGAGAAAGACAGACUUGGUUUUACUUAAA